AUGCCAUCAUUAAAUACAAUGGAAACUUUAGAAAUUCAUUCAAAAGAUUUUUUAAUAAAAUGGAUUAAUGUACCAGAAAAUUCAAUAAUUGAUUGGCAAGUAAAACCUUUAAAAAAAUCUAUAAAUUUUGCAUUUUAUCAAAAAAAAGAUGAUCAAUCUUCUCCAUCUUCAAUUGCAAAUGGUGGUUCUGGUUCUGGUUCUUCAAAUUCAAAUACUUUAACUCCAAAUGGUGAUGAAUUAUCUUCUUCAACUCCUCCAAAUUUUAGAAGUAGAACUAAUUCUGCUGCUUCUGUUAAUCAAUUUAAUAAACCAAAUGAUGUUUUCAAAUCAAAAUCAAGAAGUUCAACAUUAUCAUCAAUUGGUGAAUCAGAUUUAAUCUUAGUUAAAAAUUAUAAUAAAUUAGUUGCAAAUGAAUUAGUUCAUGGAAAAUAUGAAGCUACAAAUGGUGGAAUGUUUGCAUUUGUAUUUGAUAAUUCAUUUUCUAAAACUAUUGCAAAAUCUGUAGAAUUUGAUGCAAAAAUUGUUGUUAAAGAAGCUCCUGAUGCAAAUAUUCAACAACAUGAUCAACAUGUAUUUGAAAGUGAUCAAGAAGUUCCAACAGGAGAAGUUUUACAAAGUAUUAUGUUAAAAAAGAGAAGAAAAAAAUUACAAGGUUUUACAAAACGUUAUUUUGUUUUAAAUUUUAAAAGAGGUACGUUAUCAUAUUUUAAAGUUGAUGAUAUUAAAUUAAGAGGUCAAAUGCCAAUAAAAGAAUCUAUUAUUUCUGCAAAUCCUUCAAAUAGAGAAAUUAUUAUUGAUUCUGGUAUGGAAGUUUGGUAUUUAAAAACUAUAAAUCAAGCUGAUUUUAAUGCUUGGAUUAAUGCUUUUAAUGCGGUGAAAAAAGAUGAAAAUAAAGCUUUACCUUCUUCAGGUCAUUCUUCUGGUUCAAUUGCUUCAUCAACUGAAUUAUCUAUUGUUGCAAAUAAAUUAGAAAAAUUAAAAUUAGAAACAAAUUCUCCAUUAGUAAAUGAAGUUCAUCAAGAUAUUUUGAAUUUAUUAAAUAGAAGUAAAACAAAUAAUGAUCAUCAAUCAUCACAAGCAAUUGGUGGAGUUAAAGGUGACAAUCAAUCGGUUUAUUCAAAUGAAUAUCAUGAUGCUGAAGAGAAUUUCGAUGAUGAUGGUGUUUAUAUUUUAGAAGAUGAACAAUUUACUCCAGAUGAAACAGAAGAUCAAGUUGGAGAUGUUUCAUCAGAUGAAGAAGAGGAAGAAGACGAUUAUUAUGGAGGAGGAGCUGCAGUUGCAGGCGGUGCAGCAGCAGCAGGAGGAGCAGGCGCAGCCACAGGAGCUGGAGUUGCUGGUUCAGCUGAUCAAGAACAACAAGAUCUUCCUCAACCUACAGUUGCUGGUGAUGAAGAUAAUUUAUACCCAUUACCUCAUGAUCCUGUUUCAAGAAAUUCAGAAGUUCCUGUAUGUACUCAUACACCACCUUCAUUAUUAAGUUUUGUUCGUAAAAAUGUUGGUAAAGAUUUAUCAACAAUUGCUAUGCCAGUUACUUAUAAUGAACCAACUACUGUAUUACAAAAAUUUGCAGAAAUGUUAGAAUAUCCAGAAAUUGUUACAAAUGCGUUAGGAUCAGAUUUCCAAGAUGAAUCUGGUGAAAAAGUUUUAAGAAUUGCUGUUUUUGCAUUAAGUUAUCUUUCAUCACAACGUGCAAAAGAAAGAAAUAAACGUAAACCUUUUACUCCAUUAUUAGGUGAAACUUAUGAAUUAGUACGUGAAGAUUUUGGUUUUAGAUUGAUUUCAGAAAAAGUAAGUCAUAGACCUCCUGUAUUUGCUUAUCAUGUUGAUACUGAUAAUUGGUCAAUGGAUUUUGCAUUAUCUCCUUCUCAAAAAUUUUGGGGUAAACAAUCUGAAGUUACAACAAAAGGAUUUAUUGUUUUAAAAGAUAAAUUAACAAAUGAAGAAUUUACUUGGACUCAACCAACAACAAUGAUAAAAAAUAUUAUAGCUGGUGAAACUUAUGCUGAACCAACUGGAAAUAUUACUAUAAAAUCAUCAAAUGGUUAUAAAGCUGUAGCUGAAUUUGCAAAAGGUGGUAUGUGGAGUGGUAGAUCUGAAGAAGUAAUAGUAAAAGCAUUUGAUAAUAAUAAAAAAGAAUUAACUUAUACAGUAAAUGGUACAUGGACAGAAAAUUUUAAAUUAAAAACAAAUUCAACUGAAAAAUCUAUAUGGCAAGUUGGUGAAUUAUUACCAAAUUAUCAAAAAAAAUAUGGUUUUACUACAUUUGCAGGAACAUUAAAUAAAAUAACUGAAUUGGAAAAAGGAUUUAUACCACCAACUGAUUCAAGAUAUAGACCUGAUUUACAAGCAUAUGAAAAAGGAGAUGUAAAUACAGCAGAAGAAUUAAAAAAUAAAUUAGAACAAGAUCAAAGAGUUAGAAGAAAACAAUUAGAAGAAUCUGGUCAAGAACAUAUUCCUCAAUUUUUUAAAUUCGUAGGUAAUGGACCAGUUGAUGAAGGUAAAUGGGAAUUUAUAACUGGUGAAAAAAGUUAUUGGAAUAGAAGAAAAAAUCAAGAUUGGAAUGGUUUAGUUCAAUUAUGGUAA